GCGCCUGUGCCAGACGCGCCUGGCUCGUGGUGAGGGAGGUGAUAUCUCUCUAGCUGCCCGGAUCUGAGAGUCCGCGCACCAUCUCUACUGCUUUUCUGUGAGGCGACACUGCUGCAAGCCUACGGCCAUGAGCCCCACGCCCGGUGGAUCCGACUCGGUGCCGCUACCGCAUCAGUGUCUUGGCUGCGAUUAUGGGGACUCGAUUCCUGUGCGUAUAGCGAAAGGUGACGAGGCCUUCCGUAGGGGCGAGUACGAUUUGGCCGCCGAAAUCUUCCGCUUACUACUGCCGCGGGUGGCCCGGCCCGACCGUGGCCUGUGCCUGCGGACGGGGAAUUCGAUGGCCCUAUCGGGCGACGUUGCCUACGCCCUGGGUGCUUUCCGCGCGGCGGCGCAGCUCGAGGCGUUGCAACCUCAUGAGCUGGGCCACCUGGUUAUCGGCUUGGCGCGCGUCGUGCGCAUGUACGAGUGGCACCUGCCGGCUCUGCAGCCAGGCCGCGACCUCGAGGCGCUGCGCUGGGGGCGACCGCCCUCGCCUGCCCGGGCCGCGGCGGCCGCCACGCCUGCCACGCUCCGCGCCUUGCUUGGCUGCCCGCGCUGCUGGCGGCUGCUCUACAAGCCGGUGACUCUGCUGUGCGGGCGCACGGUCUGCGGGCGCUGCGUGGAGUCGGGUGCCGCGCUGUCGCGGGAGCCGCAAGUCAACGUGGUGCUCAGCAGACUGCUGGAGAAGUGCUUCCCAACCGAGACCCGCGCGCGCACGCUGGCCGACCAGGCGCGGAAUCUGCAGCACGAGCAGCAAGCUGGGGCCGCGCUUCUCAUGUGCCAGCACGCCCUGGACCUGGUUCCUGGUGAUAAUUGCAUUAUGCUGUUGCGAGCGGAGUUACAUUUAACCAUGGAGAGCUAUGAGCAGGCUUUACAGGAUGCAAGCGCAGUUUGUCAGAAUGAACCCUUUUUGAUAGAGGGACAUCAUGUAAAAGCUCAAGCUCUUUCUAGACUGGGAAGAACUAAAGAAAUGUUGAAGGAGUUGCUCUACUGCCUUGCAUUAAAUCCUGAAUUCCAGACAGUGAAAGAAGAAGCGGAGAAGGUGAUAUGUGAGUUGUUUUUUCCAGAUUCAGGAAAUGUGCAUCAAAAUUCAGCGUCUUCCAUACAAAGCAGGAUGUUGAACACCGGACUAACACGUCAUUCUAACAGCCGUUCAAGUGCCGCAUCUUCUCUGAGAGAGGGUCGUAAUGCAGGGAGUGCUAAGAAUCGAUCCAAGAAAGCUUAUGUGUUUAGAGAUGUCAACGCUUCAGUUUUAUAUUUUCUAAUGGGUCGAAACUAUGAAGAAGAUGAAAAAAUACUAGACAGCGUCCUUUCAAUAAAACCCAGCACUGGUUCAAAGAGACAGUUCCCAGAUGAUCUGGUAGAUGUGCCUGACCCGAACACCCCUGGAAAAACCCCCAAGAAAGAUACAGCUUCCUUACCUCAAAGAAGCAUGGACUCAGAAACUGGAGAAAGUCCAGGAUUCUCCAUAGAUGUGACUGACUUUGAGUGUUCUCUUUGCAUGAGGUUGCUCUUUCAGCCUGUCACUACACCGUGUGGACAUAUGUUUUGCCGAAAAUGUUUUGAGUGCAGCCUCGACCGCGCCUCACACUGUCCGUUGUGCAAAGAAAUACUUUCUGAAUUUUUGUUAAGCAGAAACUUUAAUAUAACUACUCUGGCUGAAGAAUUAAUAUCUCAAUACUUGUCAGAUGAUUUGUCCAAGAGGAAGAAAAUUUAUGAUGAAGAAAUGUUGGAAUUAUCCAAUUUGACCAGAGACGUUCCCAUCUUGGUGUAUACUGUGGCCUUCCCUACCGUCAUUUGUCUGCUCCAUGUCUCUGAGCCACGGUAUCGGCUUAUGAUAAGAAGAUGCAUGGAAACUGGUACCAAGCGCUUUGGCAUGUGUUUGUCUACUGAAAAUGCAGGGAUUUCAGAGUAUGGCUGCAUGCUGGAGAUUCAGGGCACCAGAAGUUUUCCUGAUGGAAGUAUAGAUGUAGAUGCCAUUGGAGUUAGUCGGUUCAGAGUCCUACGUCAUCGUCAGAAAGGUGGCUAUAACACUGCAGAUAUCGAGUAUUUUGAAGAUGAAAAGGUGGAGGGUCCGGAGUAUGUAAGCCUCAUCAGCCUUCAUGAUUCAGUUUAUCAACAGUCUGUUUCCUGGUUUGCUGCUCUUCAGGAUCCCAGGAAGGCACAGCUUUUAAGUCAUUUUGGGGCGAUGCCAGAGAGGGAACCUGAGCCACAGAGUAAUCUGAAUGGCCCAGCUUGGUCCUGGUGGAUCCUGGCAUUGCUGCCACUGGAACGAAAGGCUCAGCUGGCUAUACUGGGCACCACCUCACUGAAGGAGCGUCUGCUUGCCAUUCAGCGCGUCCUACUACUUGUUACACGUAGUUGUGAAGAGCUGGCUAGUACCAGCCAGAGAAAUAAUUGAUUUUCUUUCUCUUUUAGGGCUGCUGGAAGCCCUUGUAUUUUUGAGCACAGGUUAGUAGCUAUCCCGUCUUACUUUGUACAAAUGUUUUAUAAUAGGGUUACAAAACGGAACAUUUACUAAACGUUAACUCCAACUCAAAAGUUAAAAGACUGUGCCUGGUGGAAUCUGACCCUCUACAAGUUUAGCCUGAACUGCGAAGCCCUUGGUUGGAAAACAGCUUAAGAAUAUCUCAGUGCGCCUGGCGUGCAGGUCACUUGAAAGCACUGGAACAUCACAGACGGUUUACACGUGGUUUGGGUUUUGCAAGAACGAGUUUCUUUCACAGUGAAGUAUCUUGUUAUUCCAGAUGGGAGUAGCAUGUUAUGGCUAGACAGUAAAAGGAAAACCAUGUUUUUUACCUGGAAGCAGAUUUCUCAGAGCACAGGCUAACAAAAAAUGUUCUUUGUACGUCACUGUGAAAUUGUUUGCAAAACUGAGAAGUCAGACCAUUGUCCAGUGAGGGCGCUGUACUUUAGUUUUUACCUAGGAAGUAAUGGCUACUGAAUAGAACUGUGCUUAGUAUCCCAGAGAAGUCCCAGAGGUAAAUUGCACGUUGUCAUCAAAUAAAUGUCGGUGUACAGAAAGAUGAUGUACCUUGGAUGUAGGAAGAUCACAGCAUAGUAUACUUGAUUUGAGGGUAAAUGGUUACACGCUGUAAAGUGUGAACAGAAGUGAGUUAACACUGUAUCGCAUUGAGGGUGUCAAACAUAAGAUCAGACCAGUCCAUAGAACACCUCAAAAGUAUUGUUUCAUUGAUUCAGUGGGUACUAAGCAUUUAGCCAUGUAUUAGGGUUCCUAAUGGGUACCAAGCAUUUAGGAAAUGUUGGUUUUUUCUGCCAAUAUUUGCAUUAGAAAAUAGACCCCAUCAGUAAGUUGGAGUUCAUUGUUCUUCUACUGACAUAUGCAGAUGUUAAGAAGCCGCUGUAGAAUGGAACUCUGUCUGUCCCAAGAAAACAUACCAAAAGAAUAUACGAGAAAGGGGCUAGUAUGAGCUGUAAAUUAUAUUCAGCAAGUUUUUUCUCCAACAUCAACCUAAAAAUUUUAUCUUUUUUUAAACAGAAGUUUCUGUAUUAUCAUACCUGGCGUUAUGUAUUAAAGAUAAGCCUAACCUCUGGCGUCUGAUGCAUAGUGAUAAUAUUGAUUAGAAUAGCUGUUUCAGCUCGAGGUACUGAACCAUUGUGACUGGCCUAACCAGAUGGUUCCUGUGGUCUGUGAGGUGGAUGUUCUUAACCAGAAGGAAGAUAAAGACUAGAAUAUAACGCAAAUGACAGCUGGAGAUUUUGCUUUAUUCAAAGUGUAUGGCUUUUGAGUUUUAAAAGAAUUUAUUUCACAAUACCAAAUGCUGGUGGUUUAUCAUUCCAUCAAGAGUUACAUUAGCUGUUCUCAUUAUUAUUUUUUUAAAUUGUAGGUGUUUUCUCGAGCAAAAGCUCAGUUUUACCGUGGGAGUUAGAAAAUGCUGUACUUUUAUUAACUUAGCUAUAAAGAGAAAAUUUGAAAACGUUUUCUGAUGAGAAUUUUCAAGUGCCUCACUUACUUGGAAUCUCUCAUCUUCAACGUGGUUUGAAGGGAGUUUAGCCCAGUGAUUUCUAAAAGAUUGCACGAAUUUAUAUAUUAAAAGCAGUGUUUAACUUUUUUAGACCUGCUAAUCUUGACCCGAUCAUUUAAAAGAAAACAGAACUGCCUCUAAUGUGCCAGAAGGCCUUUGUUAGAAGUGGUUUAUGGAAGCUGAUAUGGUAGGCAUCCACCAUUCUCCAUUCUCCUUCAGGAAAUCUUUCUCUCCCUUACAUCUAUGUUCACAUAGUGACAACAGCUGUUUCCGUUUGGGGUGGCUAGUGAACCCCAGUGUAUCCUAACUCCCCCAGGAGCCUUCCCGAAGUGAAGUUUCUAGACUCGGAGGAAGCGGUUCCCUGUGUAAUGGCUUUUCUCCUAACGGUUGGAAGCAUUUGUUUCUCUUCCUCCCUCUUUACGUGUUGAACUCCCUCAGUACUUGGAACCAGAAACAUUUCUCUUCCUGUUUUAUCUACCUCUGAGUCUUCUCAUUCUGAGUGUUCUGAUGUAAAAGCCUGUACAACAGUAACGAUAAGACCGCAGCAGUGCAAGUCUUCUUUGUUUUUUAUACCAGAGGAAACGAACUGAGAUCACUCCAUGCUCUGUUCACACCUCUGCAGAGUUCAGGGAGGGGAGUAGACGGGUGCCCUCUGUGCGCCUGGAUUCGCUGUUUAUCAGGAAGCCCAACCAGGGUCAUGCUGUGCCACAGUCAUGCUAGAAAGAAGCUUCCUUUUACCAACUUAAACCCAAACCCCAGUUUGCUGCAAAUCUAGCUGAAGUAGAGCAGUCUUCUGCCCGGCUCUUCUGUAUCAGGGAAGUCAUUUCUAAGGAUUUCUCAGAGAAUAAUGUAAUCUCCCAUUCAGUCAGGACAUUGUAGUUUAAUUUUACUGGAAGUGUCCUGACAAGAAUCUAGAAAAGGUUGGAAUAGGUUUUUCUCUGCAGAGGUGCAGACCUGGGCCUGUAAAUCGCUCCUGUGUUCAGAAGCUCAGCUGUGGAACCACCUGCCUUCAUUCGGGAGCUGAGAGAGCCCUGGGAAGCCCCUUUGGCUCAAUGAUGACCCCCCGGGUAGAAAGAUCGGACCUGAAGAAUAACAGAGUAAUAGAGUUCCUGUGAGUCAAGGGGCUGGUUUAGCAAAUGAGGCCCUUUAAGAAGGGAAAGGAGUUUGCAACAGGAAUCUCUCUAGCCUUUUGCUAUUUAGGGAUCAUUUGAAAACGUUGCUUUGGGAUCUUUGUUGUUUAAAACAGUAUGGUAACGUUAAUUGUUUAGCUAAGUUUUACACUGUUAACAGUUUGAUCGGUGACUGGCUUACUCUGGAAAAGUGUGAAUAGGUUUGAAAUCUGUAUACACUCUCUCCAUAUAUUGCUUUCAAGCAUAGUGGAAAUGGUGCUUUUUGUUGUACAAUGAUUUUACCAAUUAAGAAUUUGAUGUUUUUGUCCCCCCCCUACAUAAUUAGAAGAACAGGUUUGAACAAAUAAGUUGAUGAUAGAUAUAUUUGGAGAUAGGCAGUAUGUUAAUCACAUUCAUACGAUAUAAAUUAUCCAUCUGGCCUUUUAUUUUCUAAAUUCCACUCAGGGCUCAAGAGGUAAUAACCAUAUUUGGCAUUUGUUUAGGUGAGGCCAUACUGCACUGUUGCAAAUUUUAUUUCUUGUACUAUUGUACUGUUCAUUUUAAUUCGAAUUGUUAUAUAACGUGAUUUUGGAAUAAAUAAAACUUACACAGUGUUGUAAAUGUGUGUUUUUAAAAAAAUAAUCGCACCUCAGUAACAGGGUUAAAAUGCCUAGAGAUUACAUCAGAUUGGUGGGUAGGAUAUGGAACUGUUCCAACUUCAGUAGAAAAAUCACAGAAGAGACCAUCAGUGGCUUCCUUUUUAAGGUAAGUUCUAUCCAGGGUAAAUACAGAUUUUUAUAGGAACUGAAGCUUGUACAGUUCUUUUUGGAGGGGCAAGGGUGCUGCUUAAGGAAUACAGAAUUAGGUCUGGAAGUGCAUAUUUACUUAGAAUUUUAAAAGAGGGAAAUUAAAAAAUGCAAAAGCCGAAUCCACCAUCCUCCACAAAAGGCAGAAUGCUCUUUUAACUGCCUGCCACCUUUUCUGCCCUCCUCCGUUGU